AUAAUAUAAAGGACAGGUGAAAGCACGCAGAGAGUAAACAAACAGCAGAAUUUCACUUCCUAGAUCGGUUACACCGUGAUCAUUUAGAAUGGAGGAAAAAGUAAAUACUGUGAUAAUUGUCACAAAAGAGAAGAUAGACGCAUGGAACGUGCUGGAUUCUCACAACCCUAACCAGAUGGAAUGUCCCCACUGUCAGAAUGGCGUUGUUCCGGUUGUCGUUUAUAAGAUGGGCUUCCUGCCGCCUCUUCUGACGUGCUUCAUGAUUGUAACAGGUAUUUUUAUUAUGUUUGCCUGGCUUCCGUUAUUGGACAGAAGAUUGAAGACCAUUAUACACUACUGUCCUACCUGUAACCGUGAAAUACGACGUCUUACAAGGUUUUAAAACAUGAUUGUGACGUAAACCUUUUGUUUGUGUUGUCCAUUCUAUAGCAUAAUGUUGAGCUAACUCCCCAAACAAUCCAUUAAGUCACCUGUAAGUGUCCAUUCUUUUUGGAAAACUGUCUAUUCUUUUUAAGAAUGGACAGUUUUUAAAAAAAAGAAUGGACAGUUAAAACAAACAGAAUGGAGAGUUACAGGUAAACUUUGGAAUGCGCCCAAGAGGAAACAAAAACAGAUAUAUUAAAUACGAUUUAAUUUACAGGUAAAUAAUAAAAGAACACGGAGAUCCAAGUUAAUCCAGAACACAAAGUCUGCACAGCAUUCGCUCGAUUUUAUACUUUUGAAUCCAUGAAUAAUGACCAUUAUUUCAAUACAUGUAUUCGAAACUGAAUUUUCACAAAACUUGAAUUUAAAUGACAAAAUUUCACAUUUGAUUUAAAUUGCGAAAACAUCAUUCCCUUGAGAAGAAUCCAUUUUAAAAUGAAGUACGGCUUAUAGUAAAUCCACCACAGAGAAAACAGUUUGCACCAUGAGCACUACACUGCUUCCCUAGAAAAUAAUUAGAAUUGAAACAUUUCCAGAUUUGAAUUGAAAUACAUUUUCAGGUCGACGUUUGGCUCAUGGCUAAUCCAAGACUCAGAACACAAUUUGCAUAUCACCAUUACUCUGCUGCAGUCAACAUUUCCUCAAAAAUUGAAUUCAAAUAAACCAUUUCCAGAUUUGAUUCGAAUUUGAUUAUCUGUAUCUGUCGAAGAAGAAAUUCAUUUUUAGGUCAAAGUUUGGCUACUAUUUUCUUUUACUAUUCCCUAUUCCCAGGUCCAACUAUCACUGAUUUUGUGCAUCUUUUAGUUCAUUAGAUUUUGCUUCUGUCAUAUACUCUCUCCAUCGGAGGAAAACAUGCAUACCUUUUCAAUGCAAACUAAAAACUGACUUUGAAGCGUCGCAUAUGCAUCCUUGUAUAAAUACUAGUAUCCCCCAAAAUCCACCUGUAACUGUUCAUUCUUUAGACAAAAACCUUUAAUUUGUUAUUUGCAUUUGAAAACACACUGACUAUUCAACAAAUUGCUGUUCAUCCCAGCUUACCUGUGACUGUCCAUUCUGUAAACAAUGAACUUGUCAUUGUAUGUGUGCUACCUGUCAUAUCUGAUACCAGAAUUGUACAUUUUUUUUUAAUUCUUAGAACAAAGGAAAUCAUGUUUUAAGUAGGAGA